AUGGCCAUUGGUUGUGGUAAGUCUCCUCCGUCGCCGGACCUCCCGUGGAAGAUCAGACUCUUAAUCUCUGCUUACACCUUCGCCAUGGAUGUCUGUCUCCGCUCCAACGCCACCAUCAACCGCCGCCUCGGCAACCUCCUCGAUCGCAAAUCCCCUUCCUCCAACAAACCUGUCAACUCCGUCACCUCCUCUGACGUCACCGUCGAUCACUUCCGCAACCUCUGGUUUCGCCUCUACGUGCCAUCCGCCGCGGCUGACUCCAAGCUCCCCUUAAUCGUCUACUUCCACGGCGGCGGAUUUGCGCUCUGCGGCGCGGAUUCAACGCCGUACGACGACUUCUGCCGCGGCCUGGCCUCUGAAACCCUCGCCGUGGUUGCCUCCGUCAACUACCGCCUCUCGCCGGAAUACCGCUUCCCCGCACAGUACGUCGACGGCUUCGACGCAUUGAAAUUCAUGGAUUCCACCAAAGAUGACACAUUUUUGUCCUCGAACGCCGAUCUCAGCCGAUGUUUCAUCGCCGGCGACAGUGCUGGUGGCAACAUAGCGCACCACGUGACGGUCAGAGCUGCCGAGAACGGAUUCGAGAAACUGAAGAUUAUCGGAAUGGUACUGAUGCAGCCGUUCUUCGGCGGUGAGGAGCGGACAGAAUCGGAGCUCCGGCUUGCCAGAGCGCCGAUGUUGAAUCUGGAUCUGACGGACUGGAUGUGGAAAGCCUUUUUGCCGGAAGGAUCGGAUCGAGACCACGAGGCAGCGAAUGUGUUCGGUGGUGGAGGAUCGAGAUCAACUGAUAUCGCCGGUUUAAAGUUUCCGGCGACGGUAAUGUUCGUCGGAGGUUUCGAUUUGUUGCAAGACAGGCAGAGAAGAUACUACGAGGGAUUGAAAAAGUGCGGGAAAGAAGUGAAAUUGGUGGAGUAUCCAAAUGGGAUCCAUGGUUUUUAUGGAUUUCCGGAUUUGCCCGAAACUGCUUUGCUAGUUACGGAAGUGAAGGAUUUCAUUCAAAAGCAAUCAUGGGAGUGA